GCGCACGACGUGGGGUGGAUCGUGUCGGGCUUCUUCGCCCUAAUCGCGACAUGCGCCUCGAUCUGGCUCAUCUGGAAGCAUCUCACAUACUACACAUGCCCGCCACAGCAGCGGCACAUUGUGCGAAUGCUCAUCAUGGUGCCCAUCUACGCCAUCGUCAGCUUCCUCAGCUACAUCUUCUUCACCGAGGCCAUCUACUACGAGACGAUCCGCGACUGCUACGAAGCCGUCGUCAUCACCAGCUUCUUCUACCUCCUGCUCCAGUACGUGGGCGACACGCCUGCCGAGCAGCACGAAGUCUUCAAGGAGGUCAAGGUCAAGUACUGGUUCUUUCCCCUCGGCUUCUGGAAGUACAGGCCCGACGGUCUGCACUUUCUCUGGCUCAUGAAGAUCUGCAUCCUCCAAUACGCCAUCGUCCGACCCGUGUGCACACUCGUUGCCGUGGGACUUCAGUACUUUGGCAUCUACUGCAUCGAGUCGUGGGCGCCACAGUUUGGCCACAUCUACAUCAGCAUCGCCAUCUCCAUCUCGGUCUCGGUGGCCAUGUACUGCAUCAUCCAGUUCUACCUGCCCAUCAAGGAGGAGCUCAAGCCGUACAGCCCCGUCCUCAAGUUCCUCGCCGUCAAGAGCGUCGUCUUCCUGACCUUUUGGCAGUCGUCCUUUCUCAGCAUCCUCGCCUACUUUGGCGCCAUCAAGGACACGCAGUACAUGAGUGCUGCCGAGGUUCAGGUCGGGCUCAAUGCGCUCCUCGAGACGUUUGAGAUGGUCAUCUUUGGCUUCUUGCACAUCAAGGCAUUCACCUACCUCAUCUAC